UUUUAAGGUAUAAUAAUUACAAAUGGGUGGAGAAGAAUCAGUUCCUACAAAGAAUUCUGGGUCAAAGACUCAUAAAAACUUUAAAGUCCACAAGUACUCAUUCAAGCAAGAUCCAAACUUCAUGAAGGAACAACGCAAGUUAGAAGAAAAGGAAGAAAUAGGUCCAAGGCCAAUUCAAGACUCUCAUACUGACUAUUACAAAAUGGGUGGCUCCAAAAGGACAUCUAUCAAAAGACAAAAUAGCUUGAAAGAGGACUCAGAGCCCGAAACAUGCAAAGAUUUAGAAAAGUACUCAAAACUCCAACUAAUUUCUCAAAUUAAAGAGAUGAAGACCUAAAAUGUACCUGUCUGAAGGCGGGUCUCACUAUGCAGAGUCUAGAGUCAAGAAACGGAAUGAUCCUCACAAAAUGAUCAAGGCUAAUGCUUCAAACUUUUCAUCAGAAAGAAGCAAGAAUAUUUUCAAAAAUUCAAUCAAAAGAGGAACUAAAGGAAGUAUUAAUUCUGAAAAGAGUCAUAAAUCUAUUAAAGCACGGUUUGGUAAGAAAAUGCUAGGCUCUGAUCAGUCCUCUCAGAAGCAGAGUGCGGGUGGCACAAGCAUCAGAAGUGGAAAACUCAACAUUUUUAAAACUCAGAAAAAGACCAAUAUUUUCAACCCUAAUAAAACUAUAUGAGGGUCUCAGCAUUUCAAGAGAGCCAACAGAAUAAUGACUUUAAAUCUCUCAAGAGCUAAAGAAAAGCCAAAAGCAUGACUGCCCAAGUUCAACAAAAGGCCAUCAUACAAAAAUAAAACUAGGAAAAGGGAAAUCUUAGUGAGCAAGAAGCCUUCCCAAAAUUUAGAGGAAAGGAAGGAAUCUGAGCAAGUCCAAGAGUCCAGAAAGAGCCAUGAUUCUCAAACUGGCAGCAGUUUUAGAGGAUCCUCAGCUGUUAACUCCUCAUUCGUCACUUUUGGAAGACCUAGUUUUGUAAGAGAAGAAGCAGGAGAAAUAGAAAGAUGAGGAGCUGAACAAGGAUAAAUACAUUAAACUUUCAAUAUUAGACCACUAA